AUGAUGACAUCAUCUUACUAUGUACUUUUGAAAGCAGUGAUGAGGGUGUUUUCAGACAUAGAAAGGUCCUUCAUCGUCUUUUACCAAUUCUCACUUUCUCUUGCAAACGCGUACGCGUGUAUGUCGUAUGACCCUCAGGCGUAUGCCACCAAGGCCGAAGCCCAACUCGCCAGCGAUGUUGAGUUCCACGUGAUGUUCAUCGAGGACAUUCUGACGCUGUCGUUGACUCAAUUAUACCAGUGGCGACAGAUUAACCAGCCCAACCACGCCCCCGUUGACCGACUUGGCGCCGCUGCUCUGCGACCGAUUGUUGACCAUGUGAACGUCACUGAAGACGAACAACCAGAGAUUCCCACGAGACGACAGUGGAAGCUUACUUUACAGGACCGCCAGGGCCACGCGUGUUUUGCCUACGACCGCUACCAGCUGAUAGACUGGCUCAAAAUCAGAGCUGGUGCCAGUGGACCGUCGCUGAUGGUACCGAUACCUUUAGGCAGUCGAAUUGUGGUCAAAGCGACUACACUCAUUGAGUUUGGCGUGCUCCAGCUUGAGAAGACUAAGUGUACUUAUCUUGGUCCCGAUAAAGACAUGGGCCCCGUGGCUGACCGCUACAUUUCGGUGCUUGAACACCGAUUGGGGAUGUCAUCCAGCUGA